UUUUUUUAACCCUCUCCCAAGGAUAUAUUUUUUUCCCAUUGAUUUUUAGAGAGAGUGGAAGAGAGAGGGAAAAACAGAGAGAAACAUUGAUGUGAGAGAAACACAUCGAUUGGUUGCCUCUUGCAUGUAUCCGUCCAGGGCCAGAGCCGGGAAGGAGCCUACAACCAUGGUACGUGCCCUUGAUCGGAAUCGAACCCGACACCCUUCAGUCCACAGGCCAAUGCUCUAUCCACCCGGAGGUCUUCAGCCUGGGCCGAGGAUGCAGCGCUGGAAGGCAGCAGCCUUGGCCUCGGUGCUCUGCAGCUCUGUGCUCUCCAUCUGGAUGUGUCGGGACGGCCUGCUCCUCAGCCACCACCUCGGACCCGCGUUGGCCCCGCUGCGCCGGCCACCUCGAACCCUGGACGCACGGAUUGCCCGCCUGGCCCAGUACCGUGCACUACUGCAGGGCGCCCCGGACGCCGUGGAACUGCGCGAGCUGACGCCCUGGGCAGGGCGGUCCCCAAGUGUGCGCCGUCGGACUGGGCCCCGGCGGCGGCGCGCGCGUGCGCGGUCGGGGACGCGACCAUGCGGGCUGCGCGAGCUCGAGGUGCGCGUGAGCGAGUUGGGCCUGGGCUACACGUCCGAAGAGACGGUGCUGUUCCGCUACUGCGCAGGCGCGUGCGAGGCGGCCACGCGCGUCUACGACCUGGGCCUGCGGCGCCUGCGCCAGCGGCGGCGCGUGCGGCGGGAGAGGAUUCGCGCACAGCCCUGCUGCCGCCCGACGGCCUACGAGGACGAAGUGUCUUUUCUGGACACGAACAGCCGCUACCACACGGUGCACGAGCUGUCGGCGCGCGAGUGCGCCUGCGUGUGACCCUACCUCACCGGUCCCGGCCGGACAGCACCCACCGUUCCAGCUGUCAAACCCCGCGACAGACUGCCCAUGCGCAGAAGAUGCCGUCGAGGUUUCCGGACUCUCGCGAUAACUGUACAGAGAUAAAGUGUGGAAAGUCGA